AUGAUCAGGCAUUCAGAAGAAGAACUCAAAGUUAAAAAUUUAAUUUCAAAAUUUAGACCAAACGUUAGUCUUGCACAAUCUCUCAAAGGUGACACUGUCUAUGAAUCAUUUCAAAAUUCAUUUAAUUACUUUAAAGAUAGACCAUGUUUGGGUACAAGAAAAAGAAUCUUUAAAGAUGAAAAGAAUGAGGAGGUGACCUUGGGUGAAUAUGAAUGGAACACUUAUCAAGAUACAUACGAUCGAUCGAUUAUGAUUGGUAAUGGGUUACGUCAAUUUAUAGAUACUAGAUCAUUCCUAUCGAUUUGUGCAAACAAUUGUAUCGAAUGGACAUUGACAGACUUGGCUUGUAUUUGGCAUGGUAUAAGAGUAGUUCCGCUACAUCAUCAAUCUUCAAAAGACAAGAUAGAAGAAAUCAUGAACAACUGUCAAUCAAACAGUAUCGUCGUCACACCAGACAUUGUAGACAAGAUCAUCGAGUUGGUUCAUGACAAUCAACUGCCAUGUCUCAAAGUGAUCAUUCUCAUCGGCCCACCACCCCAAAGAGAAAGAGAUCUGAUUGCCACUUUACCCAGUCACAUUCAAGUAAAAGAGUUUAAAGAAAUCGAGUCGAUUGGUAGAGAAAUGGUAGACCUCGUUCCACACAGUCCAUUCCGAUCGGAUGAGUUGUUUGGUCUGAUGUAUUCGUCGGGAAGUACAGGAUCACCAAAGGGUAUCAUGUUGAUGGAUAAUCUAUUCAAUCAAACAUUGGUCAAUGGUACCCUUACAGCUCAACCUUCAAUCCAUCUCUCUUUUCUAACACUAUCACAUGUUCAGAGAAAAAUAGAUCUAAUCACUCUCUUUUCAGGUGGUCAAAUUGGAAUGUACUCUGGUUCAAUGGAAACUAUUUUUGAUGAUAUUCAAACAUUAUCUCCUACAAUGUUUGCUUGUAUUAGUAGAUUCUAUAAUAUUGUUUAUGAUCAUUGUAAUCUUUUAAAAUUAUUGAAUCAAAAAGAUAAAAUAAAAGAAGUAUUGGGAAAUAGAAUACAAGUAUUUGUUGCAUUUGGAGCAUUUACAAAUCAAACAACAAAAGAUUUUAUGUCUGAUAAUUGGCCACAUGUUCCAUUUAUUGAUGUUUAUGGACAAAAUGAAGAUACUGGAUGUGGUCUAUCACAAAAUGGUGUCAUCAUUUCAGAUUCAACUCAAAUUCGUCUAGAACCAGUUCCUGAAUUGGGGUACUCUCCCGACGAUAAACCAUUUCCACGUGGAGAACUUGUCAUCAAGAAACCAACAUUCUCUCCGGGUUACUACAACAGACCAGAUCUAACUGAACAACAAUUUAUUGAUGGAUGGUAUUAUUCUGGUGAUAUUGUCUCUAUUGAUUCAAAUAACAUAUUGACAAUGAUUGAUAGAAAAAAACAUGUAUUUAAAUUGGCAAAUGGUGAAUUUGUUGCACCAGAAAAUUUAGAAACACAUUAUAUAAAUUCAACAAUGAUAGAAUCAAUUUUAAUUUAUGGUGAUAUAUAUCAAUCAUUUUUAGUUGGUAUUAUUGUACCAUCAAAUGAAAUGAAAAUCAAAUAUCCAAAAGCAGAUGAUGGUAGAUUGGUGGAUGAAUUGGAAUCGAUCAUCUAUCAAGAUUUAUUAAGAAUUGCUCGAGAAGUUAAACUGGCUAAUUAUGAAGUACCUAAAUUCAUUAAAUUGGAUUAUGAUACCGUUUGGAGUGAAGCCAAUCAAUUAUUGACUCAAUCAAGUAAAACUUGUAGACAUGCGCUCUACAGUUUUUAUAAAUCAACAAUCAAUUCAAUGUACCAAUCACACAAUACAAAUAAUAUAUCACAAUUAAUUAAAUCAGUUUUAAAUAUUCAUGACGAUAAUAGUAAUUCAUUAUCAUUUACUCAACUUGGUGGUGAUUCAUUAUCUGCAAUUAAACUAAGUCAUAUUUUAAAAGAAAAAAUUAAUAUUGAUAUACCAACAUCAAUCAUUUUAAAUAUUGAUAAUGAUUUAUCAAAAUUGACAGAUUUAUUGGGUCAAUUUAUCAACAAUAAUGAUAAGACAAAUUUAAAAAAUCAAGAAAUUAAUUGGGAAAAUGAAAUUAAACUUGAUGAAUCUAUUCAAAAAGGAAACAAAACUGUUAAAGAUACACAAAAAAAAAAUCAGCAAAGAUUCAAUGUAUUUUUAACUGGAUCAACUGGUUAUCUUGGAUCAUAUCUACUUUAUCAAUUAUUGGCAGAUGAAAGAGUUGAAAAGAUUUAUUGUUUAAUUAGAAAUACUAGUUUAAAGGAAUCAAUAGAUAUUAUUGACCAAUUAAAUACAAAGUAUCGUUUGGAUGUGGAUAAUGGUAAAAGAAAUACGUCUAGAGUUGUCAUUGUACAUGGUGAUUUAUCGUUGAUAAAAUUUGGACUGUCGGAUGAAGCAUUUUUAAAUUUGGCAAAUCAAGUCAAUUUAUUAAUUCAUAAUGGUGCACUUGUCAACAUGGCCAUACCAUACAACAAUACAAGAGCAGCCAAUGUAACCUCUACCAUUGAAAUGCUUAAAUUGUCAACUGCUGGUGAUCACCUCAUCCCAUUGUCUCACAUCUCAUCGGUUGGUGUAUUCCAUCUAGAGGAUCAACAAGAAAUGUUAAUUACCGAACAAACUAUUCCAUCACUUUCAAAUCUUGACAAACUCAAUGGAUACCGUCAGUCUAAAUUGGUUGCUGAACAAAUCAUUCGAGAAGCAUAUGCAAGAGGAUUCCCAAUCACUAUGCAUCGUCCCGGUACCAUCUAUGCCGAUUCAAGAACAGGUGUUGACAAUGAAAAUGAUUUGGUUAGAAUGAUUACAAAAGGUCUAUUAUACAUGAAAUCUUACCCAAGUCAAGACAAAGAAAAAUCUGCUGCUUCUUCUCCUUUACCAAGUUAUAAUUUAGUGCCAGUUGAUUGGGUAUCAAAAUCAAUCAUUCAAUUAUCAUUAAAUCAUAAAGAAGAUCAAGAUCAAACAACAUUACCAAUAUACCAUAUGAUCAAUGAAACAAAUACAUCGAUUGCAACUAUUGGUCAAGUUAUUAGGGAUAGUGGAUUAAUAGGAGAAAUGAGGGAAAUCAGUUUGGAACGAUGGCAAAAAGAAUUAAUUGAUUGCACAGAAUCAAAUCCACUCUAUCCAAUGAAAUCUAUUGUCUCUAAUAACAACCGCAACAGUGAAAACCAAAAUGAUGAUGCAUAUACUUACAAGGUACAAUUUAAAACACCUUUUACAACCAACUCUUUAAAAGGUUAUCAACUUGACCCAUGUCAACCAAUUUCAACUAUUAAUAUUCUAAAAAAUAUUCAAUACUUGAAUGAAUCUUCUGGAUUCCUAAAAAAAUAA